AUGAUACUUAUAGCUAUGGGAUUUAUUUUUUCUUCACUUAUUGAACUUGCCGUUGUUGGUUAUUUAGUUAGUGCUCAAACAGAGAAGAAAGAAAAAUUGCAUAAUUGUUGGUGGGGCUGUUUGUGUUGCCCAGAACUAACAGCCUCAAAAAUUGAUCAAGUGUCCUUUAUUCUCUUUCCUACAUGCUUUGUCAUUUUCAAUAUUUGGUACUGGUUUAUUUUUAUGGGGUAA